GCAACGCACAACACUUCUGGACAGAACGAUGAGUUGGAACAGAACACAACCAAAACUUGGAGACCUAAUUGAAAUUUCUCGCUUUGGCUAUGAGCACUGGGCCAUCUAUGUGGGAAAUGGCUAUGUGGUCCAUCUGGCUCCACCAAGUGAAGUGGCAGGAGCUGGUGUGAGCAGCAUCAUGUCCAUCGUGGCUGAAAGAGCCAUAGUGAAGAAGGAGCUGCUGUCUGUGGUGGCUGGAGGGGACAAGUACCGGAUCAAUAACAAGCACGAUGACAAGUAUGACCCACUGCCACUCAACAAAAUUGUCAAGGAGGCAGAGAAAAUGGUGGGGAAGGAAGUCCCUUAUUCAUUGACAAGUGACAACUGUGAGCACUUUGUGAACGCGCUGCGCUAUGGAGUUUCCCGCAGUGACCAGGUGACUGACACACUCACUGCGAUUGGUACUGCAUCUGUUGUCCUGGGUGUUUUGGGCCUCAUUGGGAUGGCGGUCACCAGAAGCAAGCGGGAAAAGCAGUAAAUGCAAGGCUUUAUCUUGGCGGCACCAGUUACCUUGGGGGAGUUUGAUCAAGCCGGUGGGAAUGAUUUGGUUUAUAGAUUUCACUCUUUUGUAAUCAUGAGCACUUGGUUUAGUGGAGCUCAAUCAAAGCAUAGGAAGCUGUUAUCUGAAGGAA